GUCAGCUUUCAAAGUUUUGCAGAGUGAUCAUCUCUUUGGGACAUCAUAAGACUCAUAACCAAGCGACACCACCACACCACCUUUACGUUUUCGCGCUACUGCUUUAGGCCAACACCCAAAGAUUGGGCAAUACACCAAAAAGCAACCAAAACAAAACCCAAAAAACAAGAAAAAAGAAGUGGGGGUGAAGAGACUUCACAGAGAGCGCAUCUGUAAAAGAGUUCUCCUCCAAAUUAGAGAGAGAGAGAGAGAGAGAGAGAGAGAGGGAUGGAGAGAAGGGUUUUAGUGGUGUGUUCUGUUGUGGGUUUAUUGGGAAUCUUAUCAGCUGCUACUGGUUUUGUUGCUGAAGCUACCAGAAUCAAGGGCUCUCAGGUUCAGUUUAUUUCCACAUCUGAGUGUGCAUAUCCGCGAAGUCCAGCCAUGGGUCUAGGUUUAACUUCCGCAAUUUCUCUGUUGAUUGCACAAUUAAUUGUAAAUGUUUCUAGUGGUUGCAUUUGUUGCAAACGAAGUCCUAAUCCUUCCAAUCCGAAUUGGAAAAUAGCUCUCCUGAGCUUUGUUAUUUCAUGGUUCAGUUUUAUUAUAGCCUUCUUGUUGUUGCUGACUGGUGCUGCCCUUAAUGACCAGCACGGUGGAGGGACCAUGUACUUCGGUAACUACUACUAUUACUGCUAUGUCGUGAAACCCGGAGUUUUUGCUGGAGGCGCUAUUCUGUCGCUUGCAAGUGUUUUAUUGGCAAUAGUCUAUUAUCUCACUUUAAAUUUGGCAAAAAACAAUAGCCCUUUGUGGGGGAAUCCUGCUCCAAGUCAAGGCAUUGCUUUGGGGCAGCCUCAGUUUCCACCACAAAAUACUCAACAACCCGUUUUUGUGCACGAAGACACCUACGUACGACGACAGUAUGCGUGAUUCGUAACUGGUCACCAAGCAAACGUUUUUGAGUUGGUGAACCUGUGAAGAUAUGAAAGUACUUGCUGUGUCUGUCAGUAGGCUAGAGAAUGGAAUAUGGAAAUUUGUUAUUCCUCAGCAUUUGGCUGUGUUUUGUUUUGCUUUUGUUUCCAUAUCCAAGUAGGUGAGAGAGGUUGUAUAGUGAGAUAAUCAAACAAAAUAUGUAAUAUUUAUGUGAACACGAAUGUAUUUGGACUCGCCUGUUUUAUUUUUA